AUGGCUUAUCUUCUUGGGUGGAAGGAUAUCCUCAGGCCGAUCCGCGAUGGUUACCGCCAUCUGUUUCCCACCCCGGACACGGGACCUACACCGGAAGAGAGACGCCAUCAGCGCGCAUUAGAUCGACUGAAGGGCUUCGCCUACUUCGAUACCUUUGAUCAAUUGGAAUCGUGGACCGAGGCUGACUCUGACCCUCUACAAAGAGCCAAUACGCCGUUGUUGCGAGCCACCGGUGGAGUUCCGACCGACGACUACAAAACUGGUGUUCUAUUGAUUCAUGACUACUCUGGCAACUACCAUGACUACGAAAGCGUGCAGGCCAUCGGUGUGGACAAGGAACUCUACUCGUGUGAAUAUCUCCAGUUUGUUGAUACUUUUGUCUACUUCUCUCAUAAGCUGGUCUGUGUGCCCCCACCAUCAUGGACGAAUACGCUCCACAGAAACGGUGUGGAAGCGCUGGGCACCUUCUUGAUUGAACCGCAAACUGAAGGCUCGGAACGCCUGUUGAAGCAUGCGACAGAAGAGUCUGGGGAGAUGAAGUUUCCCAUGGCGAAGAAGUUGGCCUCCAUUGCAACACACUUCGGCUUUGAUGGCUGGCUCGUAAACAUCGAGAAGCCGUUUCCAAGCGACGUGUGGGAUCCAGAGGUCCUUGAAGCGUUUCUACGCCAGCUCAGGGCCGAGCUAGGAGUUGAUAAACGGCUCAUAUGGUAUGAUGCGCUCACCACUUCCAACAAAAUAUCAUACGAGAACGCGCUGACCAGCUCCAACCUCAAAUUUGCCGACGCGUGCGAAAACCUACUCACCAAUUAUUGCUGGACGGAUAUUCAUGUUUCUGAAUCAAUGAAGCUCGCACAGUACGCUGGCUUUCAUGGCCCUUUCGCCAAAGGCAAGAAGAAGAGUAUCUACUUUGGCGUGGAUGUCUGGGCACAGAACAAGUCUAGUUUUACCCACCCUCGCGUCACAUAUCCUGAAUAUGGGGGCGGUGGUACAAACACUGGGGUCGCAUUGGCCAGACUCUCGGAUACGGGUCUAUCGGUUGGCAUCUUUGCACCAGCAUGGUCGUUCGAGCAUUUUCCAGGCCAUGAGCGGGACGUCGUACGCACCGUCUGGGAAGGUACUUCACUACCAGAGGGCAUUGAGUGCACCUGCGGAGACUGCACAUCGCGUCAUCCACCAAACAAAGAGCUUCCAAUCCUACAUACAGCCAAAGAGCGCGUGGCAGGCUCAGAACACUUCUUCUACACCAACUUCACCCGCGCAUUCUCUCCACACGAUGACGACACAAAACAACUAUUCAACAACAGCGACACGCACUCACAACUGGGCUCGCAAUCCAUCCUCCCGCGUCCAGCCAGCCUCUCUCUCAAAAGCGAAGACGUCACACUCUCGCACCAUAUAGAACACUCUCACAACCGCAACGUCCUAGUCAUCUCCUUCAUCUCCUUCGUCCCACAACAGCCAACCGAAGACUUUGACGUAGAAGUCUUCCUUCCCCUCUCCAAACUCGACAUGCCAGCCGAUGGGUCCUUACAACUCUUAAUGGUACUAGACAGCUACGAAGAUCCUAGACCACCGGAAAUGGAGGACAUGACGGUUUUUUUGUACUUCAAAUCGGGUAGAACGAUGCAUUAUCACACGUUGCAUCAUUCGCGAGAGCCGAUCCGGUUGCUGGAUGAUAUACCUGGAGCGAGGAUAGAAGAGCUGGGUAUACAGGUUAAGGGUCCGUUGAUGGGAAGUUUACGUGGGCCUGUGAGGUUGGUGGGUUUCAAGGAGAUUUGUAUCUCGCCGAGUUCUAAUUUACCGGAGAGUUCUUCUCUUAGGAUCAAGGAAGUACGGGUUGAAAAGCGCGGUGAAGGGGAGAACAAGCAUGUCAGGCUGUGCUGGGACUACGAGGAUGCAGAAAACGGCAAGUCCAGAAUUACGGAUAUGCCAUGGAGCGACAUCACCGGCCCGUUCGCGCACUUUACAAUUCGAAGUAAAGGACUGCUUCUGGCGAAGGCGCAUGCAUUUGAGCACAUUCUCAACGAGAAGUUCGUGGAGCGGUAUAUUGGGCAAGAAAUUGAGAUUGAAGUCACGGGCAUUGGCUUCGACGGGCGGACACUUGCGGAGACAAAGGUCACAUUGGGGCUGUAA